AUGAGAGCUUCUGUUUAUCGAAACUUUCUGUUCAGAUUAUAUCCAAAUACUAGGACCAAGGCUAGUAACAGUAUCAACCGUAUCAGAAAUAUCAUGUCUGAAUCAGAUCAAUCCAUUGGUUUCAGCACACCCAGAUUGGUGACCAAGAAGGUCCUGGCCAAGCUCCAACACGAAGGUGAUGGUGCUGUCGUUAGAAGAGGCAUUGGAAGGAGUGAGCUGAAGUUCUUGGAUCCUUUUCUCAUGUUGGAUGAUUUUUCAGUGUCUCCUCCUGCUGGAUUUCCUGAUCAUCCACACAGAGGUUUUGAGACUGUUACAUACAUGCUGCAGGGAGGCAUGACUCAUCAGGAUUUUGCAGGACACAAGGGCACAAUCCAUACUGGAGAUGUGCAGUGGAUGACAGCAGGAAGAGGGAUCAUCCACUCAGAAAUGCCUGCCGGAGAAGGUGCGCAAAAGGGUCUGCAGCUGUGGAUAAAUCUAUCUUCCCAAUACAAAAUGAUUGAACCAAGGUAUCAAGAACUUUUAAGUGAUGACAUAAAAAGAGCAGAGAAAGAUGGGGUUGAAGUGAGAAUUAUAGCGGGGGAAUCAAUGGGAGUGCAGUCUCCAGUUUAUACCAGGACACCAGCAAUGUAUCUGGAUUUCACUCUGAAACCCAGAGCUCAAGUGCAUCAAAACAUCCCAGAAUCAUGGAAUGGAUUUGUGUAUAUUAUUGAAGGUGAAGGGGUCUUCGGCAAGCCAAAUUCUUCGCCUACAACUGCUCAUCAUGUCCUGGUUUUAGGUCCGGGAGAUGGUUUAAGUGCGUGGAACAGAUCUUCUAAGCCACUGCGAUUUGUACUGAUUGCUGGACAGCCGAUUAACGAGCCUGUGGUUCAGUAUGGACCGUUUGUGAUGAACACACAGGCAGAAAUUGAUCAAACCAUUGAGGACUACCACUAUAGCAAAAAUGGGUUUGAAAUGGCCAAGUAUUGGAGAUCCCAGUGA